AUGACAACAUUAACUGACUUCCCCAACAUUGAAGACGAAGAAGGCGAAUUAUUAACUAGCCUUGAAACUUUAGAACAACCUCGUUUCACAGUUUUGAGUGAGUCUCAUAUAAAGUGUCUUCAAGAUGAUGAAAUCAAAGAAGCCAUGUUGGUUCUCACCAUAUCAAGACCUGUUGCAUGCCUUCUACUCACUUACUACAAAUGGAACUUGAGCGAUGUUUGUGAAUCAUGGUUAGAUAACCAUGAAAAAGUUCUAAAAACCAUAGGGUUAUCAGAAGAACCGGGAAAAGUAGAAUUAGGGUUUCCAAAUUCAGAAUGUAAUAUCUGUUUUGAAACCUUUUCUAAUGAUGAGAUUAGGUCAUCAUGGUGUGGUCAUCCGUUUUGCAUUGAUUGUUGGAAUCAGUAUAUUGAUACAAAUAUCAACAAUCACAACUGCUUCAAACUCAAAUGCCCUCAACCUUCUUGUGAUGCAGCUAUAGAUGAAGACAUGAUUCAACAAUUAGCAAGUGAGUCUAGAAAGCUUCAAUAUGAUUAUUUUUUGCUUAGGUCUUAUGUGGAAAACAACAAUGAUAAGGAAUUGAAGUGGUGUCCUGCUCCAAAUUGUUGUUAUGCUAUAAGUUAUGAAACACUGUUUCAUGAUUCUAGUAGUUCUAGGUCUAGAAUGAAUUAUGAUGUUACAUGCUUUUGUUGUCAUGUUUUUUGUUGGAAUUGUGGGGAAGAAGCUCAUACACCUGUGGAUUGUGAAACUGUUGCUAAAUGGAUGAAAAAGACUAGUUCUGAAAUUAAACUCACUACUAGUGGUUGGAUUGUGGCUAACACAAAACCAUGCCCUAAUUGUAAGAUUCCCAUUCAGAAAAACAAAGGGUGUAAUCAUAUGAUAUGCAAAUGUGACUUCGAUUUUUGCUGGUUUUGUCUCCAAGGUCGAUGUAUAUGUUAUGCAACACAACUCGAACAAGUUCAGGUAUUUGAAGAUGUAAAACCUAAUAACCACGCGAAAAAUCAACUGGACAGGUAUAGUUACUACCAUCAAGGUUGGGCUAACAAUGAAAUUUCAAGAAAAAGGGCUCUUCAAAACUUGAAUAAGAUGAAGAUGAGUAAAUCAUUGUAUACGAGUAAGUAUGGAACUUAUUUAGAAUUAUUGUAUACAUUGAAACUCGUGGUUGAACUUCGAGGAAUUCUCAAAUGGAGUUAUGUAUAUGGAUACUAUCUCCCUGAAGAUGAAAGUGCUAAGAUUGAGGUUUUUGAUCACAUCCAAGGAAUAGCUCAAGUUAUUUUGGAUAAGCUUCAUCAAUGUGCUGAUAUUGGGUUCAGAAGGCUGGUGCAAAAACAUGAUACAGAAGAUGAAAAGUUUCGACUGAAUCUAGUAUCUCUAACUGGGGUGACUGAAAGAUAUUUCAUGAAUUGGGUUAAAGAUUUAGAGAAUAGUCUUGAUGUUGUUGUGCGUUUGAAAAACUAUACUGGUUGA